AUGGUGACGGUCCCGCUUCUGCUCUCCUUGCCAUUUCUACUGGCUGGUGUUGCGGCACGGGGGCGAAUCAACGUUACUGUUACGGGAGACGUUCUCUGCGCGAAAAAGCCGGCAGCAGACGUUCAACUAGAGCUAUGGGACGGGAAUUUGGUUAGUGAGGACGAUCUAUUGGCGAGUGGAAAAUCCGAUAAACAGGGUCACUUUUCGAUUUUCGGCGUAAAUGAUGUGAAGACGAUGGGCAAUGACGUGUAUCUUCUGAUGACGCACACAUGUGGUGUCUCGGAUCCGUUGAGUUGUACGCGCACCAGCAACUAUCCGAUAGGGCCGGCGAAAUACGGGAGUGUCUACGAGAUGCAGCAAGUGGCGCUGGACAUUUACACCACCGGCGAGGAGGAGCGAUGCGAA